GGAGCCGAGGAAGCCGUGCUGGCUGCCGGGAAUACAGAGUCGGGAGCAUGGUGGUCACCAGGUCCGGGCGGUGUCGGACUUGGGUCCCAGGAGCGUCAGGAAGCUCCCAGCACAAGGGGUCUACUCCUCAAAGAAUCAAGACACAUCUAGAAAGCAAGAAAGAUGACAGAAGUAUUGCUAAUUCACAGACAGCUGAGAAACAAAGUUCAGUUCUCUCUAGAAAGAGGAGAAGUCGAAGUCCAGAGCCUUCUACUGAUGCGGAGGUCUCUGAAGCAGAGUCCCAUGCUUCAGGGGUUACUUCUGUGUUUGAGGUUGAGGAGCCUAUUAUAAGGAUAACUAGGAAGAGGCAGAUUGUAAGUGCACCCACGCCAAAGUCCAGUGUUAAGAAAAGGCAGAAAAUAACCCCUCAGCAUGAAUCUCUCGAUGAAGGAGUGGUUUCUGAAGCAGAAUCUCACGUUUCAGGGGUUUCCAUGGUUGUGCCUUCCACAGAAAGAAGAAGCAGAAGAAAUAAGGCUAAAUCUCAACGAGAUUCAAGCCCACAGUCACAGGCAGAAGCCGUUUCUGAUGCUGAGUCGUCAUGCUCAGGCAUCUCAUCAUCUGGGGUCGCACCCAGGAGAACAGCCAGGAGUACGCAGAGGAAAUUACAGGCCCAAGCUGAGAAGGAAGGUGCUGAUCUUAUACCAGGAAAUAAAAAGCAAAGCAUGGGUACCUCUGUGAACUCAGAGGACUCAGAUACUAGACAGGCCUCUCAUUUACCAGCAAGACCACAUGCUCAGAUUGAUAGGCCAAAUUUCUCUAAUAAUGAAACUGAUAGUAAUGACUUUGAUGAUUCCAUCCCCAGAGACUCAGAAAAAAAGCUAACACCACAAAACCACCAACAUUUGCAUAUACAUGAAGAAAAAGCCAGUGUUGCAUCUCUUACAGAAAUUAGGAAGGCGAAUUCUAAGAGUCUGGAUGAAGAGGACGCCAAAAUAAGGAAAGACAAAGAAAUUACUGAGAAGGAUUCCCAGUUGACUCUUUCUGAAGUUCAAGACACCAGCGUUCGGCAGUCAGUUUCUCAGAAUCAUUCAAGCACUCCAAGCAGUAAAGCCACACUAUGGCCUUCGAGUCCCCAACGUGAGGCUCUGAUGAAAUCGUUAGAGCACAAGUUUGCAGUUGUGAAAGUCUCGAGACUGAAUGAAGACAGAGUGGGCAGCCUAAGAAUGAGUGACGUGGUGCAGUCCGGUGACCACGGGGAUAGUAGUGACGAGUUCACAAGUGCAGGUGACCGUGAGAACAAGGACGGCCACAGUGAUGUGGUGCAAUCCUGUGACCACGGGGAUAGUAACGACGAGUUCACAAGUGCAGGUGACCAUGAGAACAAGGACGGUCAGAGUGAUGUGGGUCUCAAAUCUGAUACCAGACCCUGCAAAUCUGAACUCAACAUGUCGCAGGAUGUAGAUAGUUCUGUUCUGUUAUUUCUUAGCAGUGAUGAAAGCCAGCAGUCUGAAAACAGCGAGAACGAGAAGGACACUGUGUGCUCCGUUGAAAACAGUGGCCAGAAGGAGUCUUCAAGCGAAGACUUGGAAGACACAGCAUGUGGUAGUUCCCUCUUUGUAAUCGAUAGAACUCCAGGGUUGAGCGCUGAGAAACAAUUUUACCUGGAAGACAAGGCCCCGAGUGAAGUUGCUGUUGAGGAAGAGGAGGAGGCGGAAGAAGAAGGUGACAGUAGUGAAGAAGAAUCAUCGGACAGUGAUGGAAAUGAAGAUGUGUCUAGUGAUGAGGGAGAUUUACUAAAUAACACAAAGUCGAAGCUUCUGAAGUUGACAAGUAGCAGCAUAGACCCUGGACUAAAUAUCAAGCAGUUGGGUGGCUUGUAUAUUAAUUUCAAUGUAGACAAACUGCAGCCUCAAAAGAAAACCCUAACACAGAUCAAGGAGAAAAAGAAAAAUGAGCUUCUGCAGAAAUCUGUCAUUACACCUGACUUUGAAAAAAACUAUUGUGUGCCACCAUAUAGUGAGUCGAAGCAUCAGAUUCAGAAACAGCGCAGGAAAGAGCGACAGAAAACAGCCGGCGAUGGUUGGUUUGGCAUGAAAGCUCCAGAACUGACAGAUGAACUGAAAAAUGAUCUCAAAGCACUGAAGAUGAGAGCAAGCAUGGACCCAAAAAGGUUUUACAAGAAAAAUGACAGAGAUGGCUUCCCUAAGUACUUCCAGGUUGGAACCAUCGCUGAUAAUCCAGCUGACUUCUACCAUUCAAGAAUUCCCAAGAAACAAAGGAAAAAGACUAUUGUGGAAGAACUACUGGCUGAUUCUGAGUUCAGGAGAUUUAACCGAAGGAAGUAUUCAGAAAUCAUGGCUGAAAAAGCAGCAAAUGCAGCAGGAAAGAAGUUCCGGAAAAAGAAGAAAUUUCGCAAUUAAAAUCUACAAUGCAAGCCAUAACAUUUUAUAGAUCGUCUUUAUUUGCUGAAGGUCAUCACAUAAUUUAUAUAAAUAAUGUAUAAAUGUUUAGUGAUUUCUAUUUGGAAAUAAAGCUGACUUUAUUUUGACAAAAUCAA